AUUGAACUGACCUAGAGAACUUUGCGGAGAUUUUGCUUCCAGUUCACCCAUCUGGUAAUGUCGGAUCCAGAUGUUAAAAAGGCUAUUGAAGCACACAGACAGAAAACUGUUAUGGCGAACCAACAAAUUAGCGUGUUAAAUUCUCAAAUAGAGUCGCUUAACAUAAAGUUCAGGCGGUCACAAUUAAUUGAGAGUGAAUUAGUUACCUUGCCUGAAGAUGUAGCUACUUACAAAGCAUGUGGGAGAAUGUUCAUCAAGAAGACUAGGGAAACUCUAAUUGAAGAUAUAAAGAAGGACAGAGACAAGGUCACUGAUUCUAUUGAUAUUUCUCAGAAAGCCCGAGACACAGUAAAUAAUGAGUUAAGCGAGUCUAAAGAGGCGUUGCGUGAGCUUCUAAGUUCAAAGCAGUCCUAACAACAACUUUACAUAGGAACGAGUUGUGAUUUGUUUCAAUGCUCAUUAACUCAUCUUCUAGUCAAUAUAUGUGCCUUCUGCUUGUUAUGGUGCGUAGUGAUGGAAAACAAAAUUGUACAGCUCCUUAGUAAGUGAGAACUGUUUCUAAAGUAAUUGCUUUGGGAGCAAUCAGCAGUCGUCUGCAGACAUAUGGUUCCUCUAUUUACUGUUCGGCCAGGUUGACUUAUUCCAGACGCAAUGUUUUUAACCACCGAGUAGCAUGAUAAUAGAGCGGUGUUUAAGUCGUUAUGGCAUCCGAACCACUCUUGAUUUACAUCGGUUGGUCAAACGAAUAAAACAAUCAGCCUUCGCAUUCUGAGUGCUGUUCAAAGCUAAAUACAUUCAUCUGUGCCUGGUAAAUCAGUCAACAACUGAAGCACGUAUUUAGUUGCGGAUAUAUUUGGUAGUCAGUAGUUACUUGGUUUCACUCAAAUAAGUACUUGACUAGGAAUGACUACUUGCUUUUGGAAAUUUGCUCCAAAUAUGUUGAGUAGAACUUUUAGUCGUUUUAAUGCACUGAAUGUAAAAAAACGAUUAUUUUUCAUGAAUCAAACUUUGAUCAUCUUUAUGAAUAAAAACAAAUUUCACAUUUGUGACAAUUGUAUAAACCAUCUAUAAAUAUUGAAUGUAGACUUCAGAGUCCAUUAUGGUAAUGUAAUCUCUGAUAAGAAAUGUUUAUUCACUUCCUAAUAUCGGCAUUAAACACCGGGUUUCCGUUAGACUGUAUUUGGCACAGUAAGUAGCAUAUUAUAAUAGCUCAUUCAGACACAAUACAAUAUAAAGAAACUAGUCCGUAAAUCCACCACCAAAUACUUUCAGUUAACCUCUUCUCUGUGUAGAGUGGUGGUUAAAUGUAAUUGACAAAAAGCCACUGACCAACG